AUGGUGGAGAGCAUUAUUAAGUCCUUUCUGGAUACCGAUCUUUAUAAGAUCACUAUGCAAGCCGCAGUGCUGAAACACUUCCCGGACGUCAAAGUUACUUACAAGUAUACUAAUAGAUCCACACAGUUCACGUUCAAUAGAAAAUGUAUCGAUUGGUUGGUCGAGCAAUUCAAACUGUUGGCCAACAUUAGAUUUGCUGAGGAUGAAAUCCAGUAUUUGAAAAAGACGGUCCCCUACUUACCAAAGCAAUUCAUUGACUAUAUUAGUCAAGAGGGGUAUAGACUACACCCGAAGGAAGAACUUGAUUUCCAAUAUGAGUUGGUGGAGGGAACUGAAGAUCAGUACAAUUUAAAGCUUUUUAUUAGGGGUUAUUGGAGAGAUACAAUUAUGUAUGAGAUUCCAUUGUUGGCUUUGAUUUCAGAAGCCUAUUUCAAAUUUGUUGAUACUGAUUGGGAUUAUGAAGGACAAAAAGAUUUGGCUUAUGAGAAAGCCAUGAGACUUUUUCACGAGGGGAUUGUUUUUUGCGAAUUUGGCUCUAGACGUAGAAGAUCUUUGGAAGGACAGGACCUCGUAAUGCAAGGUCUUGUGAGUGCAGCUAAUUCAAAAUCAGAAUAUAAGAAAUUACUACAAGGAACUUCAAACGUGUUUUUUGCCAAGAAAUAUGGAAUUCCACCAAUUGGUACUGUAGCUCAUGAAUGGUUUAUGGGUAUUGCAGCCAUAACCAAUGAUUAUGUCAAUGCUAAUAAGCUUGGAAUGGAUAACUGGAUUGAUACCUUUGGUAAGGAACAUGCCGGCCUUGCAUUAACUGAUACUUUUGGAACCGAAGCUUUUUUGAGAGUUUUAAAACCUCCAUACUCAGAUUACUAUGUGGGUGUGAGACAGGAUUCAGGUGAUCCAAUGGAAGUCACUAAGACAGUGUCACAUUAUUAUCAUGAUGUUUUGAAACUACCAAGAUUUAGUAAAUUCAUUUGCUAUUCAGAUUCACUGAAUGUAGAAAAGGCAAUAAAAUACAAUGCUGCAGCAAAAGAGUAUGGUUUGAAGGCAACUUUUGGAAUUGGAACCAACCUGACAAAUGACUAUCAUCUCCAUUCCAAUCCAGAACUUAAGAGUGAGCCGUUGAAUAUUGUUAUAAAAUUGUUAACAGUGGAUGGUAAUCCGGCAAUUAAGAUCUCAGAUAAUAUGGGGAAGAAUAUGGGGGAUGCCGCCACUGUUGCAAGGGUGAAGAGGGAGCUUGGUUAUGUUGAACAUAAAUGGGAAGGGGGCGAUGAAGCACACAGGUGGCGUUAG